AUGGAUGAAAACCAAAGUGCUACCUCAGUUCAAAAUGGAGGCUAUCUUAAAUCAAAUAUAUUUACUUUAACUAUACCAGAGAUUGAUGGGGGUUCAAAUUUAUCAAUUAAAAUGCAUUGGUCUCAGAAAGUAGAAUGCUCCAAUGGUGAGUACUCUUUGAAUGUGCCAUUCACUUUUCCUGAUUUUGUCAAUCCUAUUGGGAAGAGAAUGUCGAAAAGAGAAAAGAUACAACUGAAUAUGGAUGUUGUUGCUUGA